GAAAAGGACUUCCGUUCUGACGUCUGACACACGUCAGAGGGAGCGACUAAAGAACAAAAUGGAGGAAUAUGCCAGAGAGCCUUGCCCCUGGAGGAUUGUAGAUGACUGUGGUGGAGCCUUCACCAUGGGAGCCAUUGGAGGGGGAAUAUUUCAGGCAGUGAAGGGCUUUAGAAAUGCACCCUCAGGGAUGAGCCACAGAAUGAGAGGAAGUUUGACUGCAAUCAAGACCAGAGCCCCACAGCUGGGAGGUAGCUUUGCAGUUUGGGGAGGUCUUUUUUCCAUGAUCGACUGUGGUUUAGUCAAAGUCAGAGGAAAGGAAGAUCCAUGGAACUCCAUAACCAGUGGAGCCAUGACAGGAGCCAUACUUGCUGCAAGAAAUGGCCCUGUGGCCAUGGUGGGGUCAGCAGCCAUGGGAGGUAUUCUACUGGCAUUGAUAGAAGGAGCUGGAAUCUUACUUACAAGGUUUGCGUCUUCACAGUUCCCAACAGGUCCUCAGUUUGCUGAGGAGCCUGCACCCAUGUCUACUUCGUCCUUUGGAGACUACAGACAAUAUCAGUGAGAAGACUCAGUGUUUCUCUGUCCUUUAGGCCUUUUUUUUAAAAUUCCUUGCUUAAGUUAUGAAGAAGAAACUGGGAUGCAAAACAUAAUGCAUCAAACGAGAAAAAACUACAAAAAACUACAUCCAAUUUUAUGGAUUCUGACUGAGAUGUGAAGAACAAACCUGCAUCUCCAUUUCUUUCAGAAGAGCCAUGUACAGACUUGUCUUUUUAAACUUACUGUGCACAUCUGUUUGACAUCACACUUGUCCAAUACAGAGAUGUGCAUGUGAAUAUAAGGCUUUGUUUUUUUCAAAAGAAAUAGUUCUUGUAACCUCACAUGCAGCAAUUCAGGCAGGAUGGAAAACUGGAUAAAACACUGCAUAUAGACCACAUUAAAUUAUAUUUAAGAAGAAUACUUGUGUGUAUAUAUAUACAUCAAAGCGCUCUUUGUGUUUGUGUUUUUACAUGUCUUGGUCAUUACUUGACUGGCAUGUGUAACCUGCUUGUGCUGGUCCCAGACUUUUUGUUGUACUCUGUUUGACUUUAUUUCCAGUUAGGAAAGUGAGCUUCUUGCAAGUACAAAAUAUUCCUGAAAAUGUAUAAAUUCUGAAGUAAUUUAUUUAUUUCAAAUCGUAAAGAGUUGGGACCAGGGGUUGUGUUUUGUUUGACAUUUACAUGAAUCACAGCGCUGUAGAACAUUUUAUAGUGACAAAAAUAUGGCAAAGACUGUACAAAUAAAUGGAGAAACUUGAGCAAGGGAUUGAUGUAAAGUUUAAGCUGUAUUCCAGAUUCUUCUAUGGUACAAUAAAAACCAUGUUAUAAAAAA